UGCGGGGCCGGAGCCGGAGCCGGAGCCGGAGCUGCUGCCGCUGCUGCUGUUUGGCUUCAGAUCCCGGGGAGAUCCGGAUCCGGACCGGGAGCGGGAGCGGGACCGGGAGCGGGAGAUGCGCCGUGUGGCGGCGGAUUAGCGCCGCGGGUCGGAGCCGGGAGCGGGAGCGGGAGCGGGGCCGGGGCUGGCCAUGGACUGGAGCGGGCUCCGGAGCUCCGUCCGCCGAUGGUGUGUUGGAGAAGAGAACUGGGUGGACAGUCGGACAGUUUACAUUGGACAUCGUGAACCCCCUCCUGGCACAGAUGCUUACAUUUUGCAAAAAUAUCCUGAUAACAGAAUUGUGUCUUCAAAGUAUACUUCCUGGAACUUCAUUCCCAAGAACUUGUUCGAACAGUUCAGAAGAAUUGCAAACUUCUAUUUCCUCAUCAUAUUCCUUGUGCAGUUGAUCAUUGAUACACCAACUAGUCCAAUAACCAGUGGACUUCCUCUGUUCUUUGUAAUCACUGUGACUGCAAUCAAACAGGGCUAUGAGGAUUGGCUUCGGCAUAAAGCAGAUAAUGCAGUGAAUAAAUGUCCUGUUCAUGUCAUCCAGGACGGCAAAGUAGUUCGAAAACAAAGCAGAAAAUUGCGGGUUGGAGACAUUGUGAUGACUAAGGAGAAUGAAACGUUUCCCUGUGACAUGGUCUUCUUGUGUUCGAGCAGUGACGAUGGAACAUGUUUUGUCACAACAGCCAGCCUGGAUGGCGAAUCAAGUACAAAGACUUACCAAGCUGUUCAAGAUACAAAAGCUUUGCGAACUGAGGCAGAACUGGACGUCUUGAAUGCUACAAUUGAGUGUGAACAGCCACAGCCUGAUCUUUACAAUUUUGUUGGCCGGAUCAGUAUUUACCAUGAGACAGAGGAACCUAUUGUAAGGCCUUUGGGAUCAGAGAAUGUGCUGCUGAGGGGAGCAACAUUAAAGAAUACCCAGAAUAUUUAUGGUGUGGCAAUAUACACUGGCAUGGAAACUAAGAUGGCAUUAAAUUACCAAUCUAAGUCACAGAAACGCUCAGCUGUAGAAAAAUCAAUGAAUGCAUUCCUGAUUGUAUACCUGUGCAUAUUGAUCAGUAAAGCUUUGAUAACCACAGUCCUGAAAUACAUGUGGCAAAGUGACUCAGUUCGAGAUGAGCCUUGGUUUAACAUGAAAACGCAGAUACAACGGCAAAGGAACAGGUUCCUGUCAUCGUUCACGGACUUUCUGGCCUUUAUGGUCCUUUUCAAUUAUAUCAUUCCGGUCUCCAUGUACGUCACUGUGGAAAUGCAAAAAUUUCUUGGCUCCUAUUUUAUUUCCUGGGAUGAGGACAUGUUUGAUGAUGAAAUUUGUGAAGGGCCAAUAGUGAACACAUCGGACCUGAAUGAAGAAUUGGGGCAGGUUGAAUAUGUUUUCACAGAUAAAACAGGAACCCUGACUGAGAAUAAUAUGGAGUUUAUUGAGUGCUGCAUUGAUGGCCAUGUCCAUGUACAGUCCUCCAUAUCUAAUGGUCAGAGCUUUUACAGUCAUGCAGCAAUUGAUUUCAUUGAUGCACCUGUUGGAAUAGCUGACCAGGAAAGAAAGGAGCUGUUUUUCCGUGCACUCUGCCUUUGCCACACAGUCCAGGUUAAGCGAGAAGACCAAACUGAUUAUCAGAAGCAACACCAGGAUGGGAGAUCCUCAGUUUACAUUUCCUCUUCGCCAGAUGAAAUUGCUCUGGUUGAAGGUGUAAAGAGACUUGGUUUCACAUUCCUGCAGAUAAAAGACAAUUUUAUGGAGCUUGAGAAUCCAGAGGCUGAAGUUGAAAGGUACGAAUUACUCCAGACAUUGAAUUUUGAUUCCGUUAGACGCCGUAUGAGUGUCAUUGUUAGAUCCAAAACAGGGGAAAUAAUCCUAUUCUGUAAAGGAGCUGAUUCAUCCAUUUUCCCCAGAGCGAAGGAGGGGAAGUUGGACAUGGUCCGGCAAAGAGUGCAGCAGAAUGCAGUGGAGGGAUUGAGGACCUUAUGCGUGGCUUACAAAGUCCUUACCUGUGAAGAAUAUGAUAAUGUUCAUACGCUCCUUCAGAAUGCUAAGCUAGCCCUGCAGGAACGGGACAGGAAGCUUGCUGAAGCGUACGAUGUAGUUGAAAGGGACCUUGAUUUGCUUGGAGCAACAGCUGUGGAAGACAGAUUGCAAGACAAAGCUGCUGAGACUGUGGAAGCUUUGCAGAAAGCUGGAAUGAAGAUCUGGGUUCUUACAGGAGACAAGAUGGAAACAGCUACAGCCACAUGCUAUGCAUGCAAGCUUUUCAGGAGAAAUACACAGCUAUUUGAGUUGACGACUAAACGAAUAGAAGAGCAAAGUUUACAUGAUGUGCUUUUUGAUUUGAACAGAAUAAUUCUCAGGCAGAGUGAUAGUUUGCCAAGAGACAGUUAUUCAGGAUUUUCUCAGAAUGAUUUACAUGAUUAUGGUCUGAUCAUUGAUGGGGCCACACUCUCACUCAUCAUGAAACCUACCGAAAAUGGUUCUUCAAGCAAUUACAAAGAUCUGUUUCUGGAAAUAUGCCGCAACUGUAGUGGAGUCUUAUGCUGCAGAAUGGCACCUUUACAGAAAGCACAGAUAGUUAAAUUGAUCAAAUCUUCAAAAGAGCAUCCCAUAACUUUGGCAAUUGGAGAUGGGGCUAAUGAUGUCAGUAUGAUUCUGGAAGCUCAUGUUGGAAUUGGUAUUUUAGGGAAGGAAGGUCGUCAAGCAGCACGGAACAGUGAUUAUUGUAUUCCCAAGUUUAAACAUCUCAAGAAGUUGCUACUUGUCCAUGGCCAUUAUUAUUACAUUCGAAUUGCCCAACUUGUCCAGUAUUUCUUCUACAAGAAUGUUUGCUUCAUAUUCCCUCAGUUUUUGUAUCAGUUCUUUUGUGGAUUUUCUCAACAGCCAUUGUAUGACACUGCAUACCUUACAUUGUACAACAUCAGCUUCACCUCUCUUCCCAUCCUGUUGUACAGCCUUAUGGAACAACAUGUCAGCAUUGAUACACUGAAAAGAAACCCAACAUUGUACAGGGAUAUUGCCAAAAAUUCCUUGUUGUGUUGCAAAUUGUUCCUUUACUGGACAUUCCUGGGAGUAUUUGAUGCUGUGGUAUUUUUCUUUGGUGCUUACUUUCUAUUUGACAAUUCGACCAUGACCAGCAAUGGACAGAUGUUUGGAAACUGGACAUUUGGGACUCUAGUUUUCACUGUGUUGGUAUUUACAGUAACUCUUAAGCUUGCCCUGGAUACCCAUCAUUGGACAUGGAUAAAUCACUUUGUGAUUUGGGGCUCACUAUUGUUUUACAUCAUUUUUUCUCUUCUCUGGGGAGGCAUUAUCUGGCCUUUUCUGAAUUACCAGAGAAUGUACUAUAUCUUCAUGCAGAUGCUUUCAACAGGGCCAGCCUGGUUAGGGAUUAUCCUACUAAUAACAAUCAGCCUCCUUCCAGAUGUAGUUAAAAAAGUGAUGUGCAGGCAGCUUUGGCCAACAGCAACAGAGAAACUUCAGGAUAUCCUUAGGCAAUCCAAGAAGGACUUUGUAUCAGAAUUCACCCCACUGGCACCUCCUCAGAGUUCCUCCUACACAAAUAACAUCCAUAGGUCCCAUCAACAAACAAGGUCUAUCUCUGCUCCAAAUUCCAGGAAGGUGAUGUGUACAUAUUGGGCAGAGGAUGAUUAUUGUACUAAUCCAUCACUGUUUGACUAUUCUGGUAAUCACUGCCCUUCCAAUGCUUGCCAUAUCUUUGUUGCGUCAGGUUUGGAAACUGCAGUCUAACCUACAGAAUAUUGCCUUUGAAUCCAGUGGUUUAGAGUUUAAUCACUCCUGUUUUAGCAAGGCUGUUGCGGUAAAGACUUGGACGAUCUUUCUAGACUCCAGCAUUUCAAGUAUCCGUUAAGAAUUUGAAUAAGACAUCCUGCAUUCUGCCUGGGCAGAAUGUCCCAUGUGCUGAAGUGAAAGUUAAUGCACAGUCUGGUACUGUGUGGCUGGUAUUAUUACAUGAUUUUAUUGUAUUCCUUGUGAUGCUGCUUUGUCAUCCAGUAACACUAAAACCUGUGUGUCAUCCAACAAUGUGAUCAUCAAAUUAUUAGCAAGGUGACAUCAACAAAAGGAAAGUCUGCCAGCAAUCAUGUCUAUUAAUGUUCCUUUAUACUCUGUUCCUUUAAUAAAGCUUCCAAUAUUUGA